AGUACUUAACAUCAUGCUCAACUGUGGCCUGUAACAUGAUGACCUGGGUGGCAAGUUAUCUCCCUUGUGUGCACUAGCCAGAUCAUUAAUCAAUACCUGAAUGAUUUACAUAUGUACACAAACAGUCAUCACUGAGAAUUAAGUCUCAAUGACUCUAUAUAGCAUUGAGACUUUUAUGUGGGGCACUUUUUGACUCAAUUUCACCCCUUUCUCUCUGUGUGUGGAAUAUUUUUAUUGUGUAAAUUUGUCCUCGAGUGUGGCCAAGAGUUUGAUAAUUAUGGACCGCAGAGUGUAUCCAACUUCUUCUGCUGUGGAGAAGGCUGUGGUACGAUAUUCGUACAGUGCGGACAACGAGGAUGAAUUGUCAUUGAAAGAAAAUGAAGUCCUUACCAUUCUAGACAAGGAUCUGGAAGAUGCAGGGUGGUGGAGAGGUGAACUCAAUGGCAAGAUUGGAGUCUUUCCUGACAACUUUGUUGAACUCAUUCCUACGGAGGAGCAGGGGAUAGACAAAUUCACUAGGCCGUGGUCUAGCAACAAAAUACCACCACAAGGGUCACAAAGAGCUUCUAGUCAUAAGCCAAAGCCGAAGAAGCCUCCCCCUCCUUCAGUACCACCGAGUCAGCAGAAAACAAAAUCCUUGGAGAAGGAGAAAUCAUUGGACCACAAACAUCCCCCUGUUACUGACCAUGUGACUGACAAAUUCCACAAAAAGAAAGAAACAGAACCUGAGAAGACAGGCCCCCCUCACUUGCCAGGAAAAAAGCCAGUGUUGCCUCCACCUGUUGGUAAAAAGCCAGCCAAACCUGACCCUCCCAGGCCCACUUCAGAUGGGAAAUCUCAUAUGGUGGGAGGGAGCAAAGACGAACCAGUCAGUCACAAAGACACACACAAAGAUAUACCUCAAAAUGAAUCUCACUUUGAUGGGUUGGAGCCCACUUCAGAUAAACUAGUUCAUCUGACAGCGAACAGACCUCGGGGACCAGCCAAGAGGCCACCCUCACAAGUAAUAUUUAAUAACAAAAAUAAUAAAAGACUCAUAAAGGAAGAAGAGAGGAAUGGUGAUAUUGAGGUACAAACACCUAAGCACCCCCCUCCUGUGAAAGAGAUCAGCGAGGAGCCACCGGUACAACAUUUCUUACCCCGGGAGAAACACCAGACUCUUCCUACAAGGCCACCGGAGCCAAGUGUUGCUUCGUCUGGAUUGUUAGCCAUGGUUGAAGAAUUAAAGAAAGAAAUCAGAGAACUAAAAUCCAAUAGUGUUUCAAAAGCAGCAUAUGAUGAACUGAAGACAGAGAACAAUAAACUGCGACAGGACUUUGAAACCUUUAAAACAUCCUGUUCACGGAAAAUUAGAGAUUUGAUUAAUGAAGUAGAUGAUGAGAAGAAAAUUCGUCUAAGUACUGAAGUUGAAGUGAAGCGAAUUAAGAAGCUGAUAAAUGAUGAAUCCCAUGUUUAGUCACUAUCUACGUGUAUGUUCAUUCAGUGAUUCAAGGACAGUAACUCUUUUCUGUGGAAAAACAUUUUCAUGGAUGUGAUGGAGUUAUCUAUUACGGCUGCAAGAGAAAAUCCUUUUCCUUUUAACCCAGCGCCUGGAUAUUGAUGCUUAGAGGAACUAAUCUGUGCUUCCAUGUCAUAAAAUCGGAGCUAUCUGGUAUUGAAUCUCACUAAGAUCUGCUCUUAUUUAUACUUACCUGUUCAAGUCCAUGGAGAAAUAUGUAAAAUAGUGUCUCUUGUUGGAGUUGUAUGCAAUACUUUAGCCCUCCCUGAAGUAAGGGCAAUCAUACUAUAUUGAUUUUUUUGUUGGUAGAAGCUGGGAUAGGGCUACAGAUGUUGUAAAGAAAAAAAUGCCAAGGGAUAUUUCUCUUGGUUUUUAUAUUUGUAUCACAGAAUUACAUGUUAGGAAACACUUUUAAUCAAUAGAGAUUGUUUGGAAUGGUAACCACUCCCCCACCCCAAAUGUCUGAAAGUUAGAAACUGGGGGGGGGGGGGGGGGGUUGAAUCACUGCAGUUAGGAUGCAGUAGUUGUCCGUGCAAGAAGCCAGAAAAAAAAUAAAAGACAAGACAUUGUAGUGCUAGCACCUGUUAUAAUGUUUCACAAUGAUUAUUUUUUUUGUCUGAAAGUGAAUGUUGAUAUGUUUGAAGUCAGACUGAAAGGGUUGUGUUUGCAUUUAUUUCAUAAACAUUAAAUUUAUAUCAUGUUUAUAAUAUAAUUUUAUUCAAAUAUAGCUUCAUGUAUUAUCCAGUUAAAAAAAAAUAUUCAGGAAAGAUGUUUUUGUCCAAAAUUACAUCUGUGUAUGUAUGUAAAGAUUUUUGCAUGCUUAUGAUUGAUUUCAUAUAUCUUGAUAUUCGUGAGCAUUCUUGUUUUAUAGAUUCUUUUUGUUACUAUUGCAGAUCAGAAUUUUGUUAACACAUCUUUGUCGUGUUUCAUUACUGGGUUCAAGUCUAAAUGUGUUCCUUUUGAUAGGGCAUUUUGCAGUUAGAAAUUCUUGCGAUGAAGACGGUCUCAUCUCAAAUUAUUUGCCAUUCAGUUUAUCACCAUAUUCACAAAUCCUCCAAAUAUUCAAAUCCUCCACUACUUUUUUUUUCAAAGGCUUGUUUUGUGCUUUGUAAUCAUCCAUGUUACAUUUGGGAUGAGAUGCUAGCUACUUUAGAUUAUUAGACAUACUAAUUGUGUAAAACUUUACCUUUUUCUGGAUUACUCUUGCCAAAGGUGUGAUCAGGGACAUGACAGAUCGGUGUCGCUUGAUCUGCCAAUGAAGAACAUAUCCUCACUCUUGUAACAAGGUAAUUAAUAGCUCAUUCAAUUAAACAAGUUGAGUUUUUCCGUCAAUGAUGACUACGACGAGAAAGUGGAUGGACCUAGACCUUGUGAAUGGAAAGUGUUGAAAAUACAUCUAUAAAAAGGAUUUCCAGGAUAUGUACUAUGACUACAAGUACAAAUUUACAGACCUUUUCAAAUGAGAUUAUGCUAACACGGUACCAUAUUGUAGUAAAGUGUUAUUUCAUGAAAAAGUGUACCCCCGUUUUUUUUUAAAAGUUAAUUAAGAUUGAUGUAUCAGAAGUCCUGGUUGGUGUGUUUUUUGCAAGGUUUGUGAUGCCACCAAAUUAUUUACAAUGGUGGUGUUGUGGAGACAAUAAUCCUAUAUAGUGAUGUCUGAGAAAAUGUCAUACCCAUGUUUUAUGCUAUCAAAGUUUUCAUUAUAUAUGUGAGGGAUAUUUUGUUAAAUAUGUUAUUUCAUUUUCUUAGAAGUUCUGUAGCGAUGCUUUUCUUUAUUCUAUAAGUAACACAGAUACUUUCCGAAUAAUUUAAAGUUUUAGCUUUGCUUUUUUUUUCACAUGAAUUGGCAGAGAGCAUGCAUCAAUAGAUUUUGUAAUUUUUUCUCAAUUAGAAAAAUCUGUUAAAUCUCAAAGUACAUUAUUAAAUACACACUGCAAAUAGGCAAAAUUUAGGAAAUUGGGGUUCUUUUUCAUCAAAAAGUCAUUUAAACCUCAUCAUCUACGCAUAUGUUUUAAAUUUGCUUCAACAGGGAUUAAAAAAAGUUUAAUUUUCACAGAGCUAAAGAAAACAUUUUUAUUCAUUCUUUUAUCUUUGUAAAAAAAAAAUCCAUUGUGAGUAUUUUUACAGGUAUGGAGAGACAAUUUUUUUCCCCCUUACAAAGUACAUAAAAAGAGUUUUGUAUGUACAUGUAUUAUAGAAAAUAUAAAAAAGAACAAAACAUUGAGGAAUGUGACAAAUUACGAUAUCCUCUGGAGAUGGAAUAUUUACUAUGUAAACACCAUUAGAUCAGAUAUCUUUAUUUACAUAAACUGAUUGUUAAGUAUUUCAAAGUUUAUUUUGGAAUUUUAAAAGUGCAAGAUUUAUUAUUAUGUCUUUAUAUAUGUUGUACCAGGACAACUUUCAUAAAUUGAGGUUUGGAGUGUUUGUCAGAUAGAUGGACUGAAUGGCACUAUCUAUUCUAUUCAUUGUUUGGUUUGUGCCGAAAUACUGUAGGGAGAAGUGCAAGGCUGUAAAUGAAAAUGCAUUGUUUUAAUAAAUGUAAUGAAUUAUAUGAAAGUUUCCAGAAUACCAGUGCAAACUUAAGACAUAUCUUAUACAUUGUAUGAUGUAGUUGAUUGAACAGAUGUUUUGUUCUACAGAAGAGUGGAAGUAUGAGGGCUGUUUACAUGUCUUGUGUAUGCACAAUUUAUAUUCUCAUUGUUAACUUUUGGUACAAUGAAAUUUCUUAUUACUACUUUGUAAGUCAGAUAAUUUACCUCAUUUUUUUUAUUAUUCACUUUUGAAUUCAUUUAAAAUUGUGUCAUAUAAAACCCGUUUAGAAAAUGUAUAUUGAAGGACCUAUUGUUUAGUCCCAUGGUAUGUAAAUGAAUUAGUUCAAAUGCAAGGUGCGAAAUCUGUUGGAACAUUUCAAGUGACUUCCUGACUCCUACAGUUACAUUGUCAUAUCUUGGUCCAAAAUAUACUGGGCACACUAGAAAUCUGGUAGAGGUUGAUGAUCAGUCAGAUGUUUGUCAGAGCAGUGACAAGUCCCACACAUUCCAAACAGAAUACAGACGUGUUGUGAUGGGGAGAUCUGUACAGUGUAUAUGUAUUUAUUAUAAUUAAAUACUUAACAUAUUGAAA